CGACGCAAUCGGAAAUCAACCCAAAGCAGAUAAUCAAUCACUCAAUCCAUCGUCGCCAUGCGUCAAGCAUGAGUCCUGCACUGCUCGAUGCCUUCUCUGUCCGAAUCGCCCCCUCCAGUUCCUCCACCUGUCCCCGUUGAGACCCAUCCCUAUCGAGCUGUCGGGAUCAAGCCUCCUGGACAGCACCGAACACUCCCUGAUCCGACCAGGCUUGCCCCUGAGGAUGCGUACUAUUCGCCUGCGUUGGUGAGAACGCGAACUGCGCCCGCGAGUUACGAUGAAACACUUCGAGGAUUGAAUGGGAGCGCUGGCACGGCUGCGUCGGUUGCCGCAUUGCGACCGCCGCACGCGGUCCAUGGCCGAAAAUUGCGAGGAACCAGUCGCCGCAGAAGACGAAAGGGCGCGUGGAAAAAGCUCCUCUGGGUGAAACAGUCAUAUCCUGACAACUACACCGAUACCGAGACGUUCCUUGAUCAUCUCCAACGCAAUCCGCGCGUGCGUCCCUACGAUUUCUGGCCUUUAGUGGCCGAUUCUACGGUCAUCGUUCAACAUGUAUGCUCGGUGGCUAUCUUUGUCUGCUGCUUUAUAGGCAUCUUCAAGGAGCGAGUGAGUCCCGUCUCGAUCGUGUGUUGGGGUAGCGUUGGUACGGCGAUGGGCUGGAUACUCUGGGAUUCGUGGGUGUUCAGAGAGCACGGGGUGAGCCACGCGGAGCGCGCACCCGAAGGGGACGGCGGUUCCAGUUCCAGCUCGACGACAAGCUCAGUGAACCCAUCCACCACCCGGCUGAGCGGCCAGAAGGAAAACAAGGUCCAUGGACUUGGGUUGACGAUGUCUCAUGGUGAGACAGAACCGGGUCGAAGGAGCAGUAACUCGGGCCUUGGCGAUUCCUGCACGCAGGACGCGGCAUCCUUCGGAACUUCGAACGGCGCUGCUGCCGGCAGCGUCCUGCCCCUGCCCCCCCACGAUGCGCCGAUGAUUUCGCGACUGUCUUCGCGUAAUCGCCAGCGGCUAUCUACCGUCAAAUCGGCUUUUCUGAUCUACUGCGCACUACUUGGACUCAGUCCGAUCCUCAAAUCGCUUACCAAAUCAACAGCCAAAGACUCGAUCUGGGCGAUGAGUUGCUGGCUGUUGAUCACCAACAUCUUCUCUUUUGACUACGGAAGUGGAGGGGGCGCCGGCGCGACGAAGUUCCCGGCUUCUUUGUCAACCAACGCGGCCGUGAUGGCUUCGACCGUGCUCGCGUCCCGGCUGCCGUCCACGACACAUGUGUUCAGUUUGAUGCUGUUCUCCAUCGAAGUGUUUGGGCUGUUCCCCAUCUUUCGGCGGCAGCUGCGCCAUAUUUCCUGGACGGGUCAUGUGUUCCUGACACUAGUGCUGGUGAUCGCCGCUGGUGGCGCGGUUGGGAUCACAUUAAGGGGCGGAUUGACGGCCGCUAUCGUCGGUUCUGUGCUGGGCAGCAUCCUGGCUGCCUUGGCGAUGGGUGGAUGUAGCUGGUGGCUCAUCAGUCUUCAGAAGUACAAGAACGUGGUGACGGGACCGUGGGAUCCGGCACGGCCUGUCAUCCGACGACAUUGGGAUUAGGUGUCUUUUCCGCGAGAUGAAAUGAGGUUCGAACGUUGAGCCCGGCCGGACAUUGGCUGGUCUGGGAUAUGAGAUACCCCUAUGAAGCAUAUUAAUAAUCAUUUGGUUUCAGUCUUUUGAAACCGCUCUUUAUAAGUUCCGGCACUACGAUAGAGCGUAAUACUAGCGAGCUGGAAGCAUAGGCUUCCUCGACUUCCUUUGAAGAUUUCCUUGCUGAAACAUGUUUUCAACUUAAUUUUCUCUACUGAUAUUCUGAACGAACAAAUACCCAUAGCGAUACUACUCGGCUGGAGAGAGGAAUGCGACAGGAAUGUAGCACGGCAUGCCUCGAGGUCUAUUUUAAACCCAACCCCAGCCCCAACAGUCAUUCAUCUCAAUCAAAACCAGCAUCGGACAGGGACUAACCAAUCGACCAUUCGGUAGACGGAGGAUCUUGCCCAGGAUCACUAGUGUCUCACUCUCCACAUACCUCCUUGACCUCAUAGACUGAUCUCCCGCAUUCUCACUACGUAGACCAU